AUGGCCAAGGUAACAUUUUCUAGAAAUGCUUAGAUGUACGUAUUUUUCACAAAGCGUUGUAUGAUUCCAAUUUACAUAAUACACCUACGCGCCUUUCAAGGAAAUAAUCCAUUAAAUAUAUUUUAUAAAUCUCGUGCUUCGCUCAUGUGUAAGUUUAUAUACAUCUAUGCAUGAUGUUCGUAUUCAGAUCGAUAUUUUUUUUGAAUGACAAUGGUAAAUUGUUGAUUUUUUUCCAAUGACCACGUGACCAAACGCAUUCGAAAGACAUCGUCAUUUCGAACGAGGACGUAUACUCUUCAAUGUCUUCAUAUCAGCUUACAAGUUUUAUACAGAAAAUAUAUCUUUAUACGCCUCAAUCAAGCGAUGAUGAGAGUUGAUGAGAGUUGGUAGUCACUCAUAGUUACUGGGGACAUUUCAAGCUCUAGAUUAACAAAAUAAAGGUUUUGUGAGUGUUCCAACUAUGUUUAACUUAAAUAGAAUACAUGAUAGUGUUGGUAAAAGCCAGUGGCGUAACGUUAUAUCAGGGGGUCCCUGGUUCAAAAUUUUCGAAGCCCGCCCCCCUUCCUAGUAGAAGUGCCAAAGGCACGAGUUGAGCACUGUAUAUGCAGAAGUUUUCUAGGGAGUCCAAGGCAUGCUCACGCGGAAAAUUUUUGAAUCUAGAGUCUUUGAAAUGCCAUUUCCCGGACUUUCGCGAGAGAUUUUACAGCCGGAAUUCUGAUAGUCAAAAAACGACAUUGUAACAUAUCAGUGGCCUCCCUGACCAAUGUUUUUGCUUUACAGCCUAAGCCUGGGGGGCAUUUGGCCCAUUGGGGUUGGGGGCCCCCUGGGUUCGCCCAUAGUAGUUACGCCACUGGGGAAACUAUUAAGAACAGCUAAUCAAUCUUUCGUGACUGACAACUCUCAUGUAAUCUCAUAAAUCUAAUCAGUAAUCGAUGAAAAAAUAUUGAUGCAACUACAUCAAGAGCCGUUUAUCUGAUCGAUAUUCUACUGUCGCUCUCUAAUCGGGAGAAUAUAAGAGAAUAUACACUUCCUGAAUUUGAAACAUGCGCAAAUGGUACGAUAUCGAGACUGCCAAUGAAUGAACGGCUGGGUUACUGUAUCAAAAUUUCUCUCAUCACAGGAGGAAGGACUAGGAAUAUUGCAUCGAUAAAUUCGUUUUUAGCCUAAAGUAAUAUGCUAAUUAUACUGCUAUAUUUAAAAGUAUCGAACAGGUCCUACUGUGUCAUCUUAUAGAAACUAUUUAUAGUGUAACCUAUGUUUAAUUUUAUUAGCUUAAAAUAGAUCCACAAUACUUUUUAAUUAGUUUUUGGUUACCAAGCUAGUAUUUGCAAAAGCUUCACACAAAAAUUUCUUACAGCUUAGAACUAUAGGAUCAAUUCCUUAAAUUUCUUUAAGCUAAAAGUCAAACUAUUAAAUAAAAACUCACAGAUUAAGCUUGGACGGAAACCUCAAGGAUGUUUGCUGUUGCCAUAGCAAUAUGACGACAGCUGCGAAGAUUUGUAGGGAAAUUAAAACAUGAUUAAUUUUGGAAGCGAUCAAAACCAACAAACAAAAGUUGAGGCAACAAGAACAAUUUUAUAGUGAGAAUAUUUGGGCGGCUGUCUAAACUAUGUUAAAAUUACAUUAACAUUUGACAUUCAAGGGCUUUUUUUGAGGUAAGAAAAGUUUUUUGAUAUGGAAAAUUGUAUGCAAACGGCAAAAUAAAUGGUGUGAAAUUUUAUUUCUAGAGUUUUUUUGUAGGUAGAAAUGUAUCUAUUAUUGACUGGAAACAUUCUUUUUGCAAGCAUGUAUCAAUUGAAAAGACUUUUGUAGAAAUUAGAAUAACUUGAAAAACAUUGAAAACAUUCUAUAAAAUCUAAGAAUGUGAUCUGAGCUCAUUUCCAAAUUAGUUUAUAUGUUUUAUAAUUUGUACACUGGUAAUUUCGUAAUUUGUUUAGCAAGCCGCGUUUUUAUUCGAAGGAUAAGGCUUUCAAAUAUAAAGAUUCUGACAAGUUGGAAAGAAUACAACUGAAACGUUCUCUGAUCGUAAAUUUUUUUUUAAUUAAAACACAAGCUUUCGCCUGCCAGUCUGCAGUCUUCACAGGUAAAAUGAUGAAGACUGCAGACUGGCGGUCAAAAGCUUGUGAUUUAAAUAAAAAUUUAUGAUCAGAGAACGUUUCAGAAACUUAAUUUAUUAUGAAUCCUGGUCGCGCAUCUAGCAUUUUUAACAAUUCAAUUUGUUCAGGAAACAAAAAUUAAGGGAACCUUCGAUGUUAAUAUAGUAUUUACAGCAACAUUAUAUAUAGCUUGUACAAUUAAGAGCGCACUAGUCAUCACAAAAAGCUAGGGCACUUUUGGUCCUUUGAAAAAAAUGGGGAGGGGGGUAACGUGUGCCGGGGAUAUUUGUCAUUCAAUGCUAGGUCAACCAUCCCGCGAUCAGGUGGAUUAAAGUCUUCUGCACUUGACUGCAUGAGAUCCUACCUGACGCAAGGUGAGAUCUCGCCUAGCCGGGCUGGCUCGCUUCUCGUAUGGACAUGACAAAUUGAAUUUUCUAUGUGUUAACAAAUUUGGCAUGCAAUUCCCCGUCGUGUCGAUGAACCCAGGGAAGUCCACCUGCAUGGAUGGUUCCGUCUGGUGCGUUCGUACAAAGUAUUGGACGGAGUAUAUCUUUCUUUGUCCAAUGUUUGUCGGAUCAUUUUUGUAUCAAUCAAUUUUCAGUCAAUUAGUUUUGCAUGAAAAUGAUUUUCCUUUCACAUGAUAAUGGAACAAGUGAUAUUGUAUCGAUGAAGAAAUAUAAAUAAUAUAUAACUGUACAUGUCAAUUACUGACUUACAAUAGCAUUGAAGACAAAUUCAUUAAAGUAGGCAAUGUUUCAGUUUUUUUAUACAAUAUCUGAAUGGAUGAAUCUCUAUGGCUUUAAUUAAUAUGUAAAGUAUGACUGACAAUAUAUAUAUAGAAUUGAAACUGCGACCCUGCGCGUGUAAUGCUCUAACCAACGUCUGAGCCGCGUGCAGAGUCUAUAAAUGAAGAAAAUGCUGAAGAUAUGAUGGCCAGUUUGACUAUGAUGAAUCCAAUGCAUCACUCGUGAGCUUGUUGAAGUUUGUUGAAGUAUAUAUAUAUAUUUUUUUAUGGAUAUGUUUUAUUUUAAAUAUAAUUAACAUAUACCCGCUGGUUACUACAUAUAAACUAUAAAAACAUGUAGAAAAUUGAAAUCUUUAUAGACUUGAGUUACUUUAAAAAGUAUAAUACCUUGAUGUGCGUUCUCUCUGACACUGAAUUAAAAUUGUCAAGCUUAGUGUUUGAGUAAAAUUAAUAGACCCUUGAAGGCCGAGUAGAUUAGUUUAUUAUAGAAUCAAAGGCGACUGCAGGAUGGGUAGCCCCGGCCCGUUGAGUUUAUUUGUCUUCAAAAGAUAAGAUGAAUAAUAUAUCAUGAAUAUAGCCGGAUUUCGGCAUCAGGAAAUAUUUUCUCGACAUCCUUCAUAUUUUAUCGGUACGGGAAGAGCCAAAAGAUGGGUUUAAUUAAGCAACAAAGUAAUUCUUUCGAAAUAACUAAAGCGACACAGGCUAAAAAUACUGAGAAUAUCAGUUGUCUGAUGUUAUAGACAAACUAUUGCGCGACUCAAAAUAAGAAAUUCAUUGGAAAAAUUUUAAUGUUGAAGUUUUUUAGACCGAAGCGAUUCGAAAAUGUCCUAUGUAAAUUAAUUCUAUUAUAUGCAUGUGAUAUAUAAACAUUAAAUUACUUUAUUGAAGUAACCAGGUAAGUUUAGCUUGUGAUAAAUAAUUAUUUCAAGCCAAAAAAUUAUUUAAAAAUUUAAAGAUAAUAUCAAAUAAAAAAACUAUGAGUUUUGAAGCACGCCUUUAUAUAUCAAUAUAUGUCAUGAUAAGCAAAUAAUCCACAUAAAUUAUAAUCGCGUUUAAAAGUUCGUUUUUAUAUUCUUUAAUUGCAUCGAAUACUGCGUGAAAUAGUUAAAAUUAUAUAUUAAACAAUUGUCAAGAAAUUUUAUCGUGUUGAAUUUAUAUGAAGUGCUAAACUACAAGGCUAAAAUAAUGGAAAAAAUACUGCGCUGUUCUAACUUGUUUUUGUACUUGAAACACCUGUUUGGUUAUCUACAGCCAGCAUUUCUGUUAUUGAGUGCAUCCGUGCUACCUGUCAAAAUAAAAUCUGCAUAGGAAACAUACAUUGUAUAUUCGCUGUGGUUGUGAUUGUGGCUGUCAAGCAAGUGAAUUAAGUAACCCGAAAACUGGGGAAUUUAACAAUUAAUCUAUGUAUUCUGUAAUAUAGGAAGCGAUACGUGAUGAAUAUGCAGGUAGACUGAUUUAAAUUGUUUUUUUGCCAUUCAAUUCAAGAUAAUAAGUUCUGAAUAAUAAUGAAAUCUGUUUAAUAAGUUUGCUUUACAUUAUUUUAUUUAUGCAGUUGAUAAAGUGUUAUCAUAGCCCUAUACUAAUACAUUUAGUUAAUAAGAUUAGAUGACAAACAGGAGUUCAUAUAUAUAAGAACUUUAUUUCACUACAAAUUUGUUUCGUAUCAAGUGAAGCUUAAUUGCCACAUUCAUUUGAUGAAUUCAAAUAACGAUUAAAUCACUUGAUGAAUUCAUGAUUUAUGAAUUCAAUGCAUGACUCGUAAGUAUAUAUAUAUAUAUAUAUAUAUAUAUACUAUAUAUAUAUAUAUAUAUAUAUAUAUAUAUAUAUAUAUAUAUAUAUAUAUAUAUAUAUAUAUAUAUAUAUAUAUAUAUAUAUAUAUAUAUAUAUAUAUAUAUAUAUAUGAUUUUUUAUGUGAGUCAAUUAACUCGUAUACUUUCUAUAACAGAACAGUUUAGAAAUGUUUCUUUUGCAGAAAAAGAACGUGCACAGCCACAGGCAUUAUGAUUUAUGGGAGGAUAUAUUCUAUUUUAAAUGCAAUUAACAUCUACCCGCUGGCUACUAUAUAUAUAAACUAUAAAACAUGUAGAAAAUUGAGAUCAUUAAUAUAGACUUGAGUUACUUUAAAAAGUAUAUUACUUAAUUGAUGUGCGUUCUCUUGUGAAAUUGUCAGGUGUUAAUUGAGAAAAAUGAAUAGACCCUUGAUUGCUUGAAGGCCGAUGAAUAGAUUAGUUUAUUAGAAUAAAAAACGACUGCAGGAUGGGUAGCCCCGUUGAGUUUAUUUGUCUUCAAAAGAUAAGAUGAAUAAUAUAUUUUUAUAACCGGAUUUCGACAUCAGGAAAUGUUUUCUCAACAUCCUUCAUAUUUUCUUGGUACAGGACGAGCUAAGGAGAUGGUUUUAAGCAACAAAGUAAUUCUUUCUAAAUAACUAAAUAGCCUAAUUUUUUCAUUAACAAACAGUUCAAUAUGUUGUUCCAAUUCCAGAAAUAAUAGUUUAACAUCUGAAGUUAAUUUUCAAUGUUAUUUCAACUGAACUUCAGGUAUAAUGUGAAAAAUACGUGCAGUAUGUAAAACUCAAAUUUCAUAUGCGAAAAUUUUAAAUUUCGCUUAUCAAAUGAGCAUUUUUACAUGUGAAAUAUUCUAAUUCCACAUACAAUUUCACAUAUGUCCGAUGAUUCUGUGAAUUCUCCGCAACGAAAGAUACUAAAGUCAACAUCCAAACUGGCGUUAAACUAUAUAUAGAGCGAAUGACUCUCUGUUUGUCACGACCUCAACAUGGCGCUUCAGGAGUAAUGUCUGCUCACAAAAUCUCCCCCUUGUCUUAUUUUGACAUGUUAUGGCAAUUUUACGUGUUAUAGAUAUUCCUGAAACGUUAAAUAGUCAACGUAAUCCAGUUUCAUGUAUAUCGGGGGCGACUUUCUCAUUGCGCAGUAAAGUAUUGAUUUGAUAUAAACGGGGGGGGGGGGGGGGGGUCCGUGUUUAAAAACAUUCAAAACUGUUUUGUUUCGUGCAAAUAACGACUUGUUUAGUUGUUAUUUUUGAGCUAUUAUUAUAAGAAGUACCUGCAUCUUGUUUGUUCAAAUUUAAAGCGUUGUUUAAGUUUUGUCUAUAUUUAGCCCAUUACGCGAUGUUUCAACAUGCUUACAUCUUUUGUGGUGUUUUGAAAAAUACUGUCCUAAGUACACUUGAUGAUGAUGACAAACAUUGUUUAACCACGCUAAAGCUGACACUAUUUUGAACGCUCAGUGUAGGUUGUGGCAAUAAUAAGAAAGCUUUUGGAACUUCGCUUUUUUAUAAGUAGUUGUAUCCCUAUCAAUCAGAGCUUUCUUUCAAUGUCACUUCAUCUAUCUUAGCCAUGAUACUUCAUCUUCAAGAAUCACAUCUUCAAUGCAGCCACCAACCUAUUCUUUCUUUGCAAUGACGUAAUUUUGGGAUUUCAGUUGACGGGCAGGUAUAACAAACAACGACUAUUUUAAUGUAUUGAUCGAGUUUAGAGACAGUAAUUUAAGACUCGAAAGAUGAAGUACCGUUCAGUUUUUCUUGCUAUAACCAUUCUGAUAGGAGAAAAAUCGUCCACAAGUUGUUUGAUUGCCCAUCAUUGGGAUAAAAAGUCACGUGAUUGCAAACAAAGAAUGCAAUCUACUGUAUAGUAGAAAAUCUUUACGAUGUUUAAAUAUUUGCUUUCAGAUGGAGCGAUUCAAAUGCAGAGCACCCCAUCUGGCAUUCUUCGUAUUAUUAUUGGCUUCGUUAGCUCGCUGUUCAUCAAGCACGAAGAAAAACGUUACUAUUCCAGUACUAGCUCCUUUGUAUAACUUGGAUGUAGACCGUUUUGCAUAUGGCCUAGCAGCCAAGUAUGCGAUGGACUUGAUAAAUAAUCGUACAGAUAUCUUGAAAGAUUAUCACUUGGUUCCAAGGAUAUACGACACAGUAGUAAGUAGACUAUUCUGUUUUUUCCAUAAAGGAGUCGAGCGUAGGAAGUAACUGUCGUGGUUUGUGUCUGAACUACCUGAAAAAGAUAUCUCAAACGUGGUGGUCCAGUGUAGGUAGUAUUCUACAAUAAGCUGUCGUGGUUUGUUUCUGAACUACCUGAAAAAGAUAUCUCAAAUGUGGUUGUCCAGUGUAGGUAGUAUUCUACAAUAAGCUGUCGUGGUUUGUGUUUGAACUACCUGAAAAAAAAAUAGCCCAGUGUAGUGGCCCAGUGUAGGUAGUAUUCCACGAUAAGCUGUCGUCACGCCGAACGUUUUAUAUCUGAUAAAACACGAGUUUGUGUCUGAGUGAACUACUAAUUUAACUCAGUGUGUUUUAAAUAUUUUCAGGCGUCAGUAACAAAGACUUUCUAUAUCAUACAUGAUAUUCUAAAAAGAAGAGAGUGUUUAAAUGAAUCAUUGCCUCCAGCGAUCAUUGGACCAAGUUACUCCACAACCACGAUUGCCGCAGCCAAUGCAGUUAACCUGUUUUACAUAUUGCAAGUAAGAUUGCUUUGAUUUGUCAUAUCGAAAUACCAUACCAUACCAUAUACCAUACCAUUCUAUACCAUACCAUAUACCAUACCAUAUACCAUACCAUAUACCAUACCAUACCAUACUACAUCAUAUCAUACCAUACCAUACCAUAUACCAUACCAUACACCAUACCAUACCACACCAUAUCAUACUAUACAAUAUCAUACCAUACCAUACCAUAUACCAUACCAUACCAUAUCAUACCAUACCAUACCAUAUACCAUACCAUACCAUAUACCAUACCAUACCAUACCAUACCAUACUAUACCAUACCAUACCAUAUACCAUAUACCAUACCAUACCAUACCAUACCAUACCAUACCAUACCAUACUAUACCAUACCAUAUACCAUACCAUAUACCAUAUACCAUACCAUACCAUACCAUACCAUACCAUACCAUACCAUACCAUACCAUACAAUGCCAAACUAAAUCAUAUACAACAUCACACUAUUUGGAACUGAAUACUGGAUCAAUAGGAGAUAACCCUUAUUGAACCUCUAGGAAGAACAGUUUAGAACUGAUAAUCCUGAUAGAGCUAUCCAGUAUAAAUAAAUAAAGUUAGUCUAGUUUAGGUUUCCUCCUUUAGAAACACUAGCUGGAUCAAUAAGAGAUGAUCCUUACUGAAGCUCUAGGAAGAACAGUUUAGAACUGAUAGAGCUAUCCAGUAUAAAUAAAGUUAGUUUAGUUUAGGUUUCCUCCUGUAGAAACACUGGAUCAAUAAGAGAAUAUCCUUACUGAACCUCUAGGAAGAACAGCUUGGAACUGAUAGAGCUAACCAGUAUAAAUAAAGUUAGUUUAGUUUAGGUUUCCUCCUGUAGUAACACUGGAUCAAUAAGAGAUGAAACUUACUGAACCUCUAGGAAGAACAGUUUAGAACUGAUAGAGCUAUCCAGUAUAAAUAAAGUUAGUUUAGUUUAGGUUUCUUCCUGUAGUAACACUGGAUCAAUAAGAGAUGAUCCUUACUGAACCUCUAGGAAGAACAGUUUGGAACUGAUAGAGCUAUCUUUUUCAGUAUACAUAUGGUGCGACCUCGCCUGUACUGGACAUCUAUAACAGUUUUCAACAUCUGGUUCGGAUGUAUCCCGGUACUUCGCCGUUCAGCAAUGCUCAUGCUGCAUUGUUAAAGAAGUUUGGCUGGACACGGGUUGGGAUCGUUUAUGACCACCACGAACACGAUGGAAUAUUUAAUAAGGUAGGAUUUACAGCUACGGUAAGACGAGGUUUUGACAGAUUCUGGUUAUUGUUGAGAAAGAACACUUGUUGUUCAGAAAGAAAUUGGUCAUCAAUAGCCUCUCUUAAAUUAACCAAAGAUUUGUGCACGAUGAAGCCGUCUCAAAUCAUAAGACCGUAGCUCAAUAUAGACGCUUUGAAGCCUACUUAGUUUAGCUUUAUCAUGUCUCCAUUAACCAUAUGUCUCAACCGUUUACUUUACAUGAUUCUGCAAACACUGUUGACGGUACUAUAUUCUCAUUAGAUUACAGAUAAUUUGAUAGAUAAAUUACGAGGCAAUAACAUUACUGUGGUGGGAAUAGAAAGCGUUGAUGGCGGCAAUAAUCGUCUUUCCAAUGGUAAUGAAGAGAUUAAAGGCCGUUUAGAAAGACUUAAGGUAUAGUUGAAUUGGAAGACUUUUGAAUUGAAAUAUAAAAAUUAAUACCAAGCAUAAAUAUUUCUGUUUGUGUGGCGCAAUUAAGAGGCAAUUAGGAUUUUUUUGCGAUAGAAGUGUUCAAAACAUAAAAUCGUUUUGGCGUUACUCUCACAAGUACUUUAUUUUAGGUUUAUUUUGUAGUUUACACAAUUUUUGUGGUUCACUCUUUUUGCUUAGAUUCCCUCCCCUUUUCAUCUGUAAUAAACUGUUGUAUGUCUCGUAUUUAUAGGCAGCUGACAUCAAAAUUUUCUUUGCACAAUUUACUUUUGUUCGAGCGUAUCGUGUUUUCUGCCAGGUAAUUUUUAAACAUAUACUAAGCCUUUAUUGAAGCCUCCCCUUGAAGGGCAAAAACUAAACUAACUUUAUACUUCAUAACAUAUAGCCGGAAUUGAAGCUUCACACAUAUGCCACACCAAUAAUCCUAUUUUUAUUGUUAUUUGUCAUUUCUAGGCAUAUAAAUUGGGUAUGUUCGGCCAGAACUAUGUGUGGAUUGUUCAUCCUCAAGUAGAGACAGUGGAUAAAUGGCUCACAGCACCAGGCGGUCGCUUUGGAGUAGCUUCUGGAUGUUCGGAAGAAGACUACAGGUUGAUCAGUGAGCGCAUGCUGUUAUUUAAACACCAAAAUUUCCGAAAAGAUGGCAAGAGAUCAAUUUCCGGUUUGGUAAGUGGAAAGUGUUGUAAUGAUCUUGUUGUUGUUGUUGGUGGUGGCGUGGAUGGUGAUGAUGUUGUUGUACUUCUCAUGGUAUUUGUGAUCACGAUCUUGUCGGUGGUAGACUGGGUGGUGGCGUGGAUGGUGUUGGUGGUAAUAGUGGUGAUGGUGAUGUUCUCAUGGUGUUGGUGGUGAUAGUGAUGGUGAUGAUGUUUUCAUGGUGUUGGUGGUGAUAGUGGUUUAUGGCGGUGGUGAUGUUCCCAUGGUGAUGGUGGCGAUGCUGAUGAUAUUUUCGUGGUGAUGGUGGUGAAAAAAUACAAACUGAAGUCAUGGUUUAGCGUCAAUACUAGUUUAAUUUAUUUGGUAUUGGCAGCGAAAAUUAUGAUACUGGUGGUGGCGAUAUGAUUGGAAUGAAUAAUGGUGAUGAUGUUGUUGUCGUUGUUAAUUUGUUUGUUUGUUCGUUCGUUUGUUUGUUUAGUAAUGGUAUUUUUGUUUCAGAGUAUCGAGAAAUACAGAGCGUAUAUGGAUAAACACCGUGCGAAGACGUCUCGUAGCUUUCUAACCAGACAUGUUCAUUCGUAUAUGUUUGACACGGUGUGGGAUAUGGCUCUGACGCUCAAUAAAUCUCUUCCUAUUUUGAAAGCUAUGAACAGCUCGUUAGAUAAAAUGCCGUUCCGAAACAAGGAUCUGGCUGAUGAGCUCGUAAAGGUUGCUUUUGCUACCAAAUUUGAAGGAAUAACUGUGAGUAUUGUGUCCUUAAUUAAACGCAUUCAUGUUACACUAACAGUAUUGAACUGUUCAAUUAUCACUAUAUUUGUGUGAGCCAAAUUGAAGUGUCAUUAAAUCAUUUUUGUACAGUAGCAUGUUUUGUCUUCUGUAUAGAGUUUUUAAGGGAUAAUAUUUUCUAAUUUAAAGCGAAUCAAGGUUUGUUUUGGGCAGCUUUUUUCAUGUUCAAGUGAUGAUUGAACAAUUGAAAUCUUUGAAUAUAUAACAUGUAAUGAAAUUUAGCCGGACGCAGAACGCGUUAUUUGGACGGGCAGUCGAGACUCUGAAUGGACCUUUUGCAUUAUAGACUAAAUUUUGAUCUAAACAAGUAUAGACAAAAAUUUCAUCACAGCUUAAAAGAGCAUCACAAAAUUAGUAAUAUUCCAAAGUUUCGUUGCGAAAUGGUGUAAAAUGCGGAUAAUAUAGCCCUGCGAAGUAAUUUGCCGUUUUUCAGUCAUUUUGCAUUACGCGGGGGAAAUUGACAGCCCAAUAGGCAAUUCCAGCUUUUAGUUUAUGCCUGCAGGGGAUGAUGGGAAGUAAGGUAUCAUAGUGCUGAUUAUGCGGGAAAAUAUCAAUAAAAACUACCAAAACAACCGAAAUAUUUCCAUUUACAAGUAUAAGCUAUCACUACGUGUUUACACGGCCACCAUUUCUAUUUUUUCAGCAUAAUCAGCAAUGUGAUACCUCACUUCCCAUCGUCCCCUGCACGCAUAAACUAAAAGCUGGAAUUGCCUAUACCCUUUGGGGCUGUCAAUUUCCCGUUUGUAAUACAAAAUGACUGAAAAACGGCAAACUUCGCAAGGCUAUAUUAUCCGCAUUUUACACCAUUUCGCAACGAAACUUUGGAAUAUUACUAAUUUUGUUAUGCUCUUUCAAGCUGUAAUGAAAUUUUUGUCUAGGUGUUUAGAUCAAAAUUUAGUCUUAUAAUGCAAACGGUCCAUUGGCUAUUACUGGGAUAACAGUGAUUGAUUGCUCUGUCUUGUUUAGGGAACUGUAGAGGUCGAGAAAGAGCAAGGACGGAUUGGGACUUUGAAUUUGUAUCAAAUAAGAAGUAAGGGACCUGAUGCUUGACUUUAAUAGACACUAUUAUUUCCUACGUUUCACCUAUAUUAAUUAUCUCGCAAAUCUUCUCCAACUUGAGUCCUGAACCCCUCCCCCUUAUUUACCUCCAUGGCUACGUCUCUGCUUAUAUUGGCGGUCAAUGAAUACAAUUGAGAGAAUGAUGUAGUCAGAGACGCCGGAACUGGGGGGCAGGAGGGGCAGCAGCCCCCGUUGCCCUUUACCAGGAGGGGCAAGGGGGCAAAGGUACCCUUUCAAUUUAAAGGAUUGCCUUGGCGAAAUAGCGAAUUGACAGAAAUGUUAGUGCAAUUCUUUUACGAAUUUGCUUCAGAAAACGCAAGAAAUGCAGUCGUCGAGCUUCAAGAAUGGCACAAUCGCCUGGCGGAGAACCCCUUCACACCCCUAUCAUCCAAUAAAUAGAAAACAUGAUUAGGCGAAGUUCAACUCCCGAUGUUUUGCAAACAUCUCUUAGUAUAUAUCAAUUCAAAAGUGCCCUUUCGCGAAAAUCUGCCCCCCUUGCCUUCACAUCGUUCCGGCGUCCCUGGAUGUAGUAUAAUUAUCUUCAUCCUUUAAGGUGGCUCCCUACAGUUCUCUAAAAUUCUAGGUAUUUUGAGUAAAGUUCGCUUUGAACCGAAUUUAUAUUAGAUACACUUAAGACAAGGCAAUAUGAUCAUUUCCAGGAAAGUUCAGAAGCUGUGUGCUGUCCAUUUAUGAACAAAUUAAAACAGUGUUCGUGUUGCCAUGGCAACCAUGAUGUUUAAUCUUUUGCACUUUUAUUGUCUAAUUUCACAAUAAAUUGACAAUAUCUAUAUUUUCCUUUGGUGAAUUUUUCUGAAAUUUUUUUUGAAGAUUUAUGGUCCAUAAAGGAAAAACAUAUCAAAAGUUGAAGGGAAUUUACAAAUAAGUUUUCGAGAUAUUCGUGAAUUACGGUUACAGAAAAAGUUAUUUGUAGAAAUAAAAUAUAAAUAUAUAAAAUUUGGAUAUGUUGUACCACUCGUCUUGUAUAACAAAAAUACAAAGUUUAAAAAAAUUUCACCGAAGAAAACACGAGAAAAUCAUCGCUAAAAUCAGCGUGGCCAGCAUGAAAAAAAAUCGACUCGACAUGAGCACGAUCUGCGCAUGCGUGUCAAUUGUAGCGUGUGAUUUAUAGUGAUUUCAACUUUUUGGCUUACAAUACAUGCGAAAACAGAUAUUUCUGACUUGUUUGACAUGAAAAUAAAAUAUUAAUCUUGAAAAUACUAAUAAAAAAGAACACUAUUAUACGCAUUGUAUUAAAUCCAGUGUUAGUUUACAUUUGUUUUUGUUGUUAAAAUCGGUGUGAAAACUUUUCAAAACAUCGAACUACAAGUUUAACUUUUCAUAUAAAACAACUCAUCUGUUUUAUUUGAUUUCGCAGAUAAAUCGAUACCUGUGAAUGGAAUUGAUUGACAGAACUUACAUAAGUUUCGGCGACAGUUCACUACUGUUCAAGAGUUAUAGAAGACAGUAUCAUUUCAGUUUGACAGUUCGCAACACAACAAGUUGAAAAUUUUGAGCAAUAUGAAAGACAAUACUGAACGUAAAUACGUAAAAACACACUAAAAGAUUGGCUAAACUAGUUAAUAACAUCAAAAUUAAACAAAAAAAUUAGGAUUAUAAUGAAAAACUGGAGCUUUCUUUGUAGAUAAAAACGCCAAAAAACUUCCCGCGGCUUGUUUCAAUAUUUUUGCCCAACAGUAAACACGAAGAUUCCACGCGCAGAUCGCGAGGAUGAAGUCUGAUCUAUAUAAAUCGUAUUUAAACUAUACUAACUGUAGGGAGCCACCUUAAGUGUCGAUAUUUCUGAAGAUCAUCAUCCCCGUCACGCUUCCCGAAACCUAACGCAUUUGUUUCUUUAGAUAAAACAAAUAUAUUGGUGGGAAGCUAUCAUGGUACCACAGGAACACUGGUUUUAGAUGUAAAGAAUCCGGAUCUAUGGAUAGGUACAGUCUGUUUGCAAAUAAUAGAGUUGCAUUUAAAGGGUGCAUUUAGACUUUAUAUUACUGUACCUCUAUGCUUAAUAGGGCAAACAAACUGAUAGAGCUAUCCAGUAUAAACAAAAUUACAAGCAUUAAAGUUAGUUUAGGUCUCCUCCUGUAGUAACACUGGAUCAAUAAGACAUCAUCCUUACUGGAUCUCUAGGAAGAACAAUUUAGAACUGAUAGAGGUAUCCAGUAUAAAUAAAGUUAGUUUAGUUUAGGUUUCCUCCUGUAGUAACACUGGAUCAAUAAGAGAUGAUCCUUACUGGAUCUCUAGGAAGAACAAUUUAGAACUGAUAGAGCUAUCCAGUAUAAAUAAAGUUAGUUUCGUUUAGGUUUCCUCCUGUAGUAACACUGGAUCAAUAAGAGAUGAUCCUUACUGGAUCCCUAGGAAGAACAAUUUAGAACUGAUAGAGCUAUCCGAAUAAAUAUUCUGUAACACUGGAUCAAUAAUUUGCAUACUUUUUCUCUCUGCAGAUGGUCGUGUACCAAACGACAGAUCUCGUCACAGAACAGUUCUUCUCAACAUACCACUCGCUAUUUAUCUUCCAAUUUGUACUGUCGCUGGUCUGGGUGUAAUCCUGGCCAUCGGAGUUUUAAUUUUCAAUACCUACCACAGAAAUGAAGGGUAAAGAUAGAUGGAGAUACGUAUUUAUUCAAGACAGCAGAUGGUGAUCAACCUCAGACUCGUUGACACGAGUUGAGGUUCACCACGUUUGAGGUUCACCACGUUCACAACGACAGUAGUCAUGGCAACUAGUCAUGGCAACUACAGUAGUCAUGGUAACUAGUCAUGGCAACUACAGUAGUCAUGGCAACUAUGCUAGUAAUGCUGAAUCUAAAUAAGACACUACGUUUCUAAGUGUUUGAAUAAUAAAAACACACUGUUGCUAUGGCUAGCUUCGCCACUCCAAGACAACUACAUAUAUUGAAAAUCAUUGACAUUAUUUUCCACUCUCAGCUGCUGAUUGAGCACGAUCUGUAGUACGAUAGUGCUUAGUUUAACCGUGCAUUUCGUUAUUGCUUUAGUCGUUUUCUCACAAUAAAGUUUCAUUUUUAGGUAUAUUAGAAAAUCAGCGCCGCUGUUCAAUAAUAUUAUUAUUCUUGGUGUAAUGAUGUGUUUGUCUACGGUGGUUUUCUUUGGGUACCCUGUAGAGUUGGGGGAGACGAACAAGUUUUUGUUAAUGUGCAAGGUAACGCAUAGCUCUAUCCAUUCAUUUCUCCACAUAGAGGUGCAGCAAAGAUCUUCCAUUUUUGAUCCUGUGUUACUACAGGAGGAAGUGUUGCGGAAAGCAUGCUGAUGUCUCUCUUCUCACGUGAGUGGAAAUGAUAGCCUCAGCUAACUGAAUAUUGCAGAAAUCAAACUUUGCCACAAAUAUGAAAGGCACAUACUGGAACCACAGUGGUACUAAUGUUGCUUUACUACUGGAGUUACGUUACCACAGACGAAAGCCAGAGAGCGCCUGUGAUUUUUUUCAACCUUUACAAUAUGGAUCCCACAAUUAGUAAAAGGAAACUUUAUUAAUAAUAAUGUUUAGCUUGGGUUAUACCAAACAACGGCCAAUUUAAGAAAUCUUACAAAAAAUCAUUAUAUCUGAUGUAUAGCGGUAUCCAGCAUUCGUACAACUUGUGUCUAUGAGAGAUCAUCUUAGUUUUUUUGUACCAUUUCAGCUGCGUACGUGGAUCCUGUGUCUUGGUUUCUCGCUAUCGUUUGGCUCAAUGUUCGUCAAGACCUGGCGAGUGUACAAAAUAUUCACGAACAGAAAGCUGAAAUACUCUGUAUGUUUUAACUCUUUCUUAUCCGAAAUGUCAGGUUUAUAGGGUUGAGGCCAGAAUUAUUAGCUUAGGCCUACUCUGGGGUGGUACCUCGCCUAAACUCGCCGCGAGAUAAUGCGAUUUAAGGUGAGUUUAGAUCCCACAGUGGUCCUUAGCUUUAAAAAAUCCUUCAAGGGCACACAGUAUAGUUUUUUUCUUAAAGAUCUAUGGUGUGAUGAGAGGAAUAGACGCUAUGUCCUCAAAGGAUUUUUCAAAGUUAUCAAACUCUUUCCUUGCCUCGGCAAAAUAAAUUUGUGUAAAGUAGAAUUAUUAAGAUUCGGAUUGAGGUACUGUCAGGAUUAGUGUUGGAACUAGGGGAGGCGUGUAAAAGUUAGUUCAGGUUAAGACCAGAGGGUUAGAGUUGCAUUUACGUUAGAAUUUUGUUGAAGGUUAGUAUCGUGUAUAUGUGAUCGAGGGAUAUCAAUUCAUUCUUGCUUAUUUUCCUAGAUUGACAGACUAAGUAACAGCAGUUUAAUUGGGAUGGUAAUCGUCAUUGUUGUCGUUGAUAUCUUCAUCUUACUAUUGUGGAAGUUCAUUAACCCCAUGGAAGUGAGAUUGCACAGCAUGGCAAAAGAGGUUCGAACAAUGUUACGAUGUUUUUGGGCCCUUGGGUGUAGGGCCCCCGGUGUUCUGUUUCCACCACAGAGAAAGAUGACAGGUUGGCCUUUGGGCUCUGGUUUCCUCCUGUAGUAACACUGGAACAAUAAUGGUUUACUCUUGCUGGAACUGUAGAGAGAACAGUUUAGAACUGAUAGAACUAUCGAGUACAAAUAAAGUUAGUUUAGUUUAGGUUUCCUCCUGUAGUAACACUGGAUCAAUAAGAGAUGAUCCUUACUGGACCUCUAAAGAGAACAGUUCAGAACUAAUAGAGCUAUUCAGUAUAAAUAAAGUUAGUUUAGUUUAAGUUUCCUCCUGUAGUAACACUGGAUCAAUAAGAGAUGAUCCUUACUGGACCUCUAAAGAGAACAGUUCAGAACUAAUAGAGUUAUCCAGUAUAAAUAAAGUUAGUUUAGUUUAAGUUUCCUCCUGUAGUAACACUGGAUCAAUAAGAGAUGAUCCUUACUGGACCUCUAGGAAGCACAGUUUCGAAUUGAUAGAACUAUCCAGUAUAAAUAAAGUUAGUUUUGCUUAGGUUUCCUCCUGUAGUAACACUGGAUCAAUAAGAGAUGAUCUUUACUGGACCUCUAGGAAGAACAGCUUAGAACUGAUAGAGCUAUCCAGUAUAAAUAAAGUUAAUUUAGUUUAGGUUUCCUUCUGUAGUGACACUGGAUAAUUCUCUGUUUCUUUAGGAGCGGAUGUAACCGGUGUACGCAAAGAUGACGCUGGGAGAUUAUUAUCAGAUUUCCUCACAAAGUUUAUGUACGACCUUGGAAUCGACGAUGGCCUGGUUGCCGUUGGUUACAGCAAUGAUGACGUGAGCGACCUGGUUCGAGGCACGGUUCCUCAGCACAGGGUCACCAAGUUAGCCCCAGCCGGAGCCCCGGGUGAGGAGGAACUCGCGAAGCUCUUUGAAGCAUCCAUGAAAAUAUAUUGA